ACGAAUGGGUGGAAUCCACAAAGCGACCUUUGUUAUCGAGCCCAUCCAUCACAUCUCCAAUAGGUUUCCCAGGUAAAUUAACUAAUGAGACAAAGGAGCAGCUUUUUCUGGAUCUUAUGGAGACCAUUCUGGAGGAACAAAAGAAAAGAAACAAAGAAGAGGAAAAUAUCGGCUAUUUAGAAACGAUCUUAGAAUCCAUGGGCCCGAACAAAGAAGACAUUUUGAGGGAUGAGCUUGAUCACCUUCAAUCCGUUCUUAAUAUACUGCAAGGUAGUGCACCAACUGGGCAGACAGAAGCGGUAUCAGCUCAGCCAACAACAAACGUACUGACGCCAUCCUCCACUGCCAAUGCUGAUAAAAAUUUGCUCGAUCUACUUGGAAACCUUCCAGUUAUGACAGAGAGGCACGAAAACGAAAGUGGGCAAGAAGUUCAGGCUAUUCAAGAAGUUUUUGAAGCAGUACAGGAGCCAGAUCAUGACGUCUUGGGGGAGGAGAUCAAGAACCUGCUUGAAAUUUUGAUGCCUACUGGUUUCAGCUUCUCACAGAGACCUCUCUUAUUAGCUAUGUCUACUCAAACACCCGCAACAAUGAGCAAACAACCGAAGCCGAGUACUAAGAUAAUACUAUCAACAGUUGUUCCACCCUUAACAACGUCUCCUGACCACAUUACGACUGAAGCAAAACGGCAACUGUUACUGGACCUUAUACAAAGUGUAGAGCUGGAGAAAAUGCCAAAGGACACCAAAAUGAUUCAGUCAUUAGAGACAAUAUUAGAAUCAUCAGGGAUCGACCAAGAAGACGUUUUGAGAGAUGAGUUGACUAAUCUUGAGUAUAUCCUUUCCGGGCAAACCAGUGUACCAACAUUAAUCGGUACGGGACCCGAGGAGACAAAAACAGUUCCGACGACUCAUAAAAUUGCGACAACAUCCUCAAUCGCUGUUGUAAAUGAAGAGAUGCUCGAUCUGCUGGACGAAAUCCCGAAGUUCGAAGAAAAGGACCAGACUAAAAGCAGACAGGAGGUUCAGAGCAUACAAGAUGUGCUCGAAGGAGCAAAAGAGCCAAAAAAAGGUAUUUUAGGUGGAGAGAUUAAGCACUUUUUGGAAUUGUUCGCACCUCCUUCGUUAAACACCUCACAGAGGCCACUCUUGUCAUCUGCACUUCAUACAACUCCCACAACUACACAGAUUACAGAAGUCGGCACAUUUUAUCCAGUCGAAGUAAAAAGUCCCCAGAGCAAAGAGCUCACAACACGUGCUCCAGUACCGACUUCAGGGCCAGACACUGUGGGCAAGUUUGUACUCCAUUUUCUUCAAGAGGUCCAGAAUGUCAGUCGCAGCCGUUUGCUGAGCAACUUCAAGGAAGACGUAGACGUUGUUGAGAAAUUCGUGAAGGCAGGUAACAUGACGUUUCAAGGGGAUCUCGAGAAAGCAAUCAACAAAAUUGGUGCUCUCAUGAGCAAACCUGUCAGUCAGGAGCCAACACUUAAGGUUGAAACCGAAACAGCCAGAAUGGCAACUCUAGAAUUUUCAGAAGUACCUGUUUACCCUGAAAAGUUCAAAUCACCCACGCCCAUGUCUCUAACACCCCAAGCACGGAGAUUAGAGGAGACAACGGAGUUCCUGCGGACAAGAAUCAGCGAAAGGACCACGGUGGCACCAAUUUCCGAGGUUGCUGGCAACCAGGCUCUCCUGAAAAUACUCUCCAAAGAGUCUAAGCCCGAACAAAAGCAGUUUCUGGAGGAUGCAAAGGGGAUGGAAGAAAUUGAGGAAAUAUUUGCGAACCUGACUCAAACUGACGAGGAGGUACUCUUCGACGAAAUCGCAAAACUCGAUCAAGGGUUACAUUACGGAAAACAACUCAUUCUGCCUUACCACACCACUGAGGCAAUCGCUACAGAAAAGUUAAUCACAACAAACCUCUUGGUUACUCCAUCCGUUUCUAAUAUUUUGAAAGCUAGUACAACCACUGGCAACAGAGAGGAGGAAACAGUUCACCCCACUGGAAAAGUACCGGUAACAUCGUCUCCUGCUAAUGCUAAUGAAAUCCUGCUAGAUUUACUUGGAAACCCUCCAGUUAUGGAAGAGGGGCACAGAACUGAAAGCGAACAGGAAGUUCAGGCUAUUCAAGAAGUCUUUAAAGCAGUACAGGAAUCAGAUGAAGACGUCUUGGAUAAUGAGCUCAAAAACCUGCAAGAAAUUUUGGAGUCUGCUGGGAGACCUCCAUUGUCAACUGCCUCCACUCAAACACCCACAACAAGUAAACAACCAAAGCCUGCUACUAAGCCUUUAAUAUCGACAGCCGUUCGACCCUUAAGCUCCUCACAGAGAACUCUCCCGUCAUCUGAACUUCACAUAACUCCCGCAAGUACGGAGAUAACGGAAGUAAGCCCGUCUCUUCUGGUCAAAGUAACAACUCCAAACAGCAAACAGCCCAAUGCUCCAAUACUGACUUCAGCGCCAGCAAUUAUGGGCAAGUUUGUACUCCAUUUUCUUCAAAAGGUCGAGAAUAUCAGUCGCAGCCGUUUGUUGAGCGACUUUAAGGAAGAUGUCGACUUCGUUGAGAAAUUCGUAAAAGCGGGUAAAUUGAAGUUUGAAGAGGAUCUCGGGGAAGCGAUUGACAAACUUGGUGCUCUUAUGAGCAAACCAUUUAGUCUGAAGCCAACACUUAAGGUUGAAAACGAAACAGCUAGUGUGGCAACUCCAGAAUUCAAAGAAGUACCUGUUUACCCUCUUGUGCCCAUCAGUACUGCAAAAGUUGAAGAGAAACCAUCGACCGCAAUGUCUGUUACCCCAGAGUCCGGAAAUGAACAAUUGCUAGAUCUUCUAGAGGACUUGGGAAAAACAGAAGUGGAGAUAAGUGAACAGGACCACAAAGUUGUUCAGAAGCUGGAAAAAAUGUUAGUGGAAGAGAAGCUGCCACAUGCAGAUAUCAUGAGAGAAGAGCUUGAGCAUCUGAACCAAGUUCUGAACCCUGAAAACUACUCCCGGCCGACAACUUCGUAUUUACCUGUGACGUCCACUCCAAAGCAAGAGACAGUAGUGAGCACCGCGAUUAGCAGAGAGAUUGCGACUACAGAAGUACCUGAAAUGUACAAACCAUUGACAUCCGGGUAUCCAACAUUACUGCCACGUCGAUCAGAGGAGAUGACGCAGACCAAGCCUACAAAAAUCAGCGAAAAGACCACUGUGGUACCAAUGUUCGAGGUUGCAGGAAACCAGGCAUUACUGGAAAUACUGUCCGAAGGGUCUAAGCUCGAAGACAAGCAACUACUGGAGGAUGCAAAGGGGAUGCGAGAAAUCGAGGAACUCUUUGCGAACCUGACUCAAACCGAUGAGGAGGUACUCGUCGACGAAAUCGCAAAACUCGAUCAAGGGUUACACUACGGAAAACAACUCAAGCCGGCUUACCACACCACUGAGGCGGUUUCUACGGAGAUGGUGAUGCCAACUAAAGUCCAGGUGGCUCCGGUAACUUUAGAGAGCAUGGUAACUAAGACCACAGAAGUUUCGCCAAGCGUUGGGAUAGCGGCUAAAGCCUUCUUAGAAACCCUCCUGCAGUUGAGGGAUCAAAUGGAGAUAGGAAUCGACUGGGAUGAAGUCAUUCGCCUGGGGGCAUUCUCAGCGGGGCAGCAAAAUGAGGGCGCCCAGAAAGAUCUUGAGAAAGCGCUUAAGCUCGUUUGGGACAUCAUUAGAGGCGCUAUGGUUGAACCAUCUACACCUUCAUCUGUUGUAACUACAGCAGUGUUUGAAGCUUCCACAACUAUCGAGGGAGCCACCGAAAUUCCGGCACCGACUCCGACUCCCACCGCUGAGAGUCCUACGCUGCAGGUAACCUCAAAGGCUGUCACCUCGUCCGAAGAGGAGGCGUUCCUGGACACAGUUCGCGAUCUGGUCGGCAGGAUCAGCCUAAACCUUCCGUGGGCCGACAUCAAACAAGUUGGGGCACUUUCCAGGGCUCUCGACAAGGACGCCGAGAAACAUACAGUAGAUGAGCUGGGGCUUGUGGCUGACAUAAUGAGUGAGAUCAAAGAAUUGGAAAAUAGGACAGCUGGUAUUCCGCAUGUGCAUGUUCCAACAGUAUCGUCAACAAAGUUCCACUUACUAACCAAAGCGACAGUUGGAGUACAGAAAACAGAAGAUCAAACUUCAAUGACAAAGUCGACAAUGCCGAAUCUCCUUACGAGGAUGAAAAUUGGAACAGUCCCCACAUCCAAGCACUUCAACCCACCGUUACCCACGACUCCCUACUCCCCCGUGGACCGGUGGACGGAGUGGUCUGCCUGGGGUGACUGCUCGGCAACAUGUGGCCUGGGCGAGCAGUCCAGGACUAGAGAGUGUCAACUUUACAUCGAGGGCCUGGUCAUCCCGUCCAGCAGCUGUGAAGGCAGCCGGACUGAGAAUAUGGCUUGCGAGACACGGCUAUGCCCAGAAACACCAUUGCCUACGACUCCCUACUCUCCUGUGGACCGGUGGACGGAGUGGUCUGCCUGGGGUGACUGCUCUGCAACAUGCGGUCUGGGCGAGCAGUCCAGGACCAGGGAAUGUCAACUCUUCAUCGAGGGCCUGUUCAUCCCUGCCAGCGGCUGUGAAGGCAGCCGGGCGGAGACAAUGGCUUGCGAGACACGGCGGUGCCCAGAAACCCCUAGUGUAGACGGUCAGUGGUCUGGCUGGUCAGACUGGACCGAGUGUUCGGCAGUGUGCGGCCCAGGAAAACAGACGCGCUACCGGCUUUGUGACAGCCCUCCGCCGGCUGGUGACGACGGCCUGCCGUGCGAGGGCGCUAUGACUGACGACCGGGACUGCUACGGGGAAGGGAAGGUUUGCGAGGAAGCGGUGGCAGAAGUCCCGGCCCGAUCUACGCCGAAACCCAGCGACCGGGCUCCGACUAGCCGCCGCCUCCACAAGGUCGUGGCUUGGAUCGUCCUCAUCGUUCUCAUCGUCCUGGUGGUCGUCGCCUUUGUGGCCUGCUCCGUCGUCAAGAUGUAUGGCGCCAGGCAGUACCGGCCCGGCAAGCCCAUCUUCACCAAGGAGUCUCAGUUUUCGUCGGUCCGAUCUGCCCUCCACUAGCCCGUCGGCAUACAUCGACACAUAUCGGUGAAACGUCGACAAGCAUCGGCAAACAUCGGUAGGUAUCGGUAAGAAUCGGCUUGCAUCGACAGGCAGGCCAUAUCAAGGUUUCUCUGCCGAUACGAGGUCCGUUUGUUUGGAAAUUUCAUUUCUAUUUCCAUAUGUUUUGCAAUAUUGUAAUAAAAAAAUAGCCAGGGGGUGUGAUGAUGAAGUCUCGGGAAUGAAAGACAAUGCGCAUCUGUUCCAUUAGUGUGAAACCUUGGAGGUGUUUUUUGCCGAAUAUUUAGCGGUAGUAUUUGUUACUUAGUAAGCCUACGUUGAUACCAGCAUGAGAUUUUUAAACACUCUGUGAAUUAUUUUUUGGUUUUGUACUGCCAGCAAGUCAGUGGUUGGGUAAAUUUUGACAGAUUUGGUGCAUCUUUGUGCUCUUGUUCAUGAAUUUUGUCGAGAAAGACAGUUUAUCAGCCGACCUUUCUGAAUGUGUUGUUCUGCUACCGUCUCCAUUUUCGAUCGCAAAUUGUACUCCCCCCCCCCUUUCCACCCUUCCCCGACCGCAGGGGAUCACACCGUGAAUAGUCUCUCUUCCCCUUCACUAUGAUGGAGGAGGGUGCACGGAGCAAGAAACACAGCAAGGCAAAGCCCCGGGGUAGUCGGAAUGAAAAAAGCGGUUGAAAAUUGUGCUCUAGCUAUUCGGGCUGAACAUGUAUUUCGGUAAUUGGUUCCCCGUGGCUAGCGGCGGUUUAAAAAGUCCCUGGCAUGAGCUUGCAAGUCCGCCUGGCAUUACCAGCGCGAGGCAUAGCUCACCAAACGCAGGGCAGAUUUUUUUUUUUAGUGGCACGCCUGAGCAUGACGAAUCGACAACCAAGGAAAUCACUCAGAAGAAGUGUGGAAGUGUUGCAUUUUAAACCUUCUACAAUCGUUCAGCAGCUUCAUCUGACAAUCAUCUGACUGAAGCUGGCACAUUGGAAGUUGCAGCCCGAAUUAACCACGUGCCCAAUGCUCACAAGAGUCGUAAGUUCGCGAGGGCUAAUUUCAUAGAGCUGCAGCUUAAGCACAAAAUUUGCUUAAGCGGGGAAACUUUGCUUAAAGAGCAACUUUAAGGAAAACAUGUUUUUUUUUCUGAAUUUAUCUGUUCAAAUAAACAGGGAAGCAUAGAAAUCGAAU